AUGACUCCGGCUGACGACCUCAUUGAGACAUACAGAUCCAAGGCAGAGGAUGCUCUUUCACGUAUGAUUGCGAUGAUCGAUGCCAGAAAGAAUGCGAAAUCUGUCACCCGCGAAAGCGAGGAUUACACCCCUAAAAAAAGAAAUAACCCUAAUAAGUACUGUACGGGAGUUAGUGUUGGACAGACCAUGACUGCUUCAGAGUACAUGGAUCUUAGUCAAGGUACAAAGCCUCAGGAUGGCAUUAUCGUAUGUACUACGGCUGAGGCAACCGAAAUCUUCAUAAAAGGGCCACCGAUUAUACCCGUUCUUAUAGUCGGGGCACCUAAUCCUCGGCCCCUAAGAAUCGAUACCUUUCUGGCCUGGUUGACAUGCCGCAGUACAUUACACGUCCAUGACUUCAGCCACCCAUCCGAAGAAGGCCGUGCUCCGAUUGCCCUGCCUUCCAAAGAUGCCAAGAUACUGCUUGAAGCACUUGACAAUGUAUCUAGCCCGGCCCUGAACUUUCUCAACCUCCGGGGGACGAAGGACGAUGCCGGGCCAGAGUGCAUCAAGAACAUGUACGACUACAAGUGCAUUGAACUCACAUCUGCCGACAACGGGAAUAUUGAAGCGGAGGUUUCCGUCGGGGAUCUUGACGACUCAACUCGGUUUCAGCUCCUGGCAUCAACUGGAGCUAUUCAUUUGCCUCAUGUUGACAGACAUGGGGUAUUCACGACUGUGCUCAACGAGCAAGGGGAGAAGGUCCGGUUGGUCUGGCCGAAUCUGGGAUUCGAAGUCUUGAGAAAAUGGGAUGAAGAUGAAGAACUGCCGACUGCCCCUAUUGCCAUCCGUAUCGAAGAGGGUUCCUAUCUGAUCCAGCCUCUAAGCACACUCCACGCCCCAGUUACCAUGAAGACCUGUCUGAUGACAGGCACCAUGCACUGGUACUCGGGCCACCUACUAGAUAUCACCCAGGCUACCUGUAUAAUAAACGAGGAUGAGAAGAUCACCAAUGAAGAUAUCUCGGAUCAGUUCAUCCCGAAAAUGGCAAAGCUCCUCAGACUUUGGAGGGAGAACAAGGCGCCCUGCUCGUGGCCUACGCUCGGUCAAUACGAAGAGGCCAGGGCCGCUCUUGACGUAGGUCUCGAGACGUCAAUGCCUCCAAUGGAUUACUGA